CACCAACACCACCACCACCACCUUCGCUGUCGCCACGUAGACUCGGAUCGAAAAAGACGACGGCAAGAGUCAUCGGGAGAGGAGAAUCCUCGGCGUUGGGCGAGUCGAGUUCGAACCGACCUUACGCUUCGAUCGGUCAUCCUCAAUCUCAAUCUCGCCUUUCUUCGUUACCAUCGAUAUCAACCGCACUUUCAACCGACUCUGCGGCAGACUGGAAGGGACGAUCGCUCUUGCUUCAAUUACACUCGCAUAGGGAUCGACAUUCUACCCGGAGUUUUCGGCGGGGUCGAAAGCGACGGCGAUCCGACGAAUCUUGCAGCACCACUUCGAAAGGCGAGACUCGAACUCGGCCUGACCCGAAUACGGGUUUCGGCAGCGAAAUUGAUAGCGACACGAUCAUGGUCGGGUUUCUUCCACCGGGUUUAGCGGCUAUCGUCCACAACCCACUACGAACAAGUACGACUGCAUCACAAGCCAAGGAUACCGAUACGAGUGCAGACGUGCAAGUGGAUACGGACGCAGAUGAAAAUAUGGAUGGCGACAGCGAUAGUAAUCAGCCAGAGGUACCCGCGAAAAGACCUCGAGGUCGACUUCCUGGACCACCACGAGCUCCAGUGACCAAGAGGGGACGGGGACGGGGGCCAGGACGACCGAGAGGACGAGGAAGGGGUGCAAAGAGACCUGUCGGGCGGCCCAGGAAAGUGCAAGCGGAGGAUGAACCCUUGGCACCCGCCGAAAUGUCGGCUCCUACAUCUUCGAACGUGAAUCCUGACGCGGGUGUCGAGGGAAAAAAGACGUCGACGAGGUCAAAGAGGACGACGAGCUCGAAACCCGAGAUUGCGGCACAGGCCAGCGGGAGCAGUCAUACCCCCUCGAAAUCGCUCUAUUACGAAGGUUCUUCUGACGAGGAUGAGGAUAUGGGCGAGGGCGAGCAUGAAGCUGAAGUCGACGCCGAGUUGGAAGAUCGCGACGAAGCUCCGGCAAAGGCUAGAGAGGAGAGCGCUGCCAACUCUACCCCUACGAAAUCGGUAGCGCCGGGAAGUAGCAGGAAGAACGGGAAUGGGAAAGCACCUCAACAGAGGUCGCAUCGAGCUCGCCAGAACGAGGUGCCUGCGCAGUAUAUCAACACGUUCACAACGGUGUUGGAUUACCCGAAAGCGCUUCAUACGGGUGCAGGUGGCGAGGCGGUAGGUCAAGCUGCAGUCGGGGCCGCCGGCGCAGAUGCCAGGUCCCGCUCGCAGAGACAGUCCAAGGUGGAUGCGCUGGGUAGGAUGGAUGGAAAAGCCAUCGUGGACGGAUCCAUACAGCCCGUGCCAGGAUCUUCGAACGGUCAUCCCACGCCCUCCAGUACAGGAUCCAUGCCCACCGGGCUCUCGCUUCUCCCUCCUAUGGCCAACCCGGCAAACGGCGCUUCGUCAACAGAAACCUCAACCAACCCGCCACCAGAACCCAACCCGAACAAUAAUCCCUUGAUGAAGAAACUCCACGUUCAACCCGCUCCUCCUCUCCAGAAAUCUAGCGUCAAGUGGGCCGGACCGAGGGAACCACAAAGUCGGACCCGGGAGAGGUUGUUUGGGUUGAAAGAGUGUCCUACCUUCUACCCAACCAAGGAAGAAUUUCGGGAUGCGAUGGGGUAUAUCAGGAAGAUUGGGGAGGAAGGGCAGGGGCAGGAAUGGGGGAUGGUCAAGAUUGUUCCGCCAAAGGAUUGGAAGAUGACCUUUGCUCUGAAUACCGAGACGUUCCGAUUCCAAACUAGAUUGCAGCGGUUGAACUCUCUUGAAGCUACUUCACGAGCCAAGUUCAACUUUUUGGAUCAGCUCUACAUGUUUCACAAACAGCAAGGGAAUCCGGAUGUCAUCAUCCCCGUGAUCGAUCAUCGGCCGUUGGACGUGUGGGCUUUGAGAAAAGAGGUCGCUGCGCAUGGUGGGGCGGAAAAUAUCACGAUCAACAAGGCAUGGGGAAGCGUGGCGAGAGCCAUGUCGUACACUCAGGCCCACGCGCCACAUCUGAAGAGCGCAUACGUCAAGAUCGUUCAGCCUUUCGACCAGUUCUACGAGCAGGUCAAGGGCGCUCCCUUGGCAACGGUGAUCGACCGAAAGAACGAAGAUAUCAAAGAGGAUGGAGAGGACGUCGACAUGCGAUCCGGCGACGCCGAUAAACGAUCCGAUUCUCUCUCUGCGUCACCCACUGGAUCAGAGAAGAAGCGAUCACUCCGCACUGCCUCACGAACCGCUGUGCCUUCGGGAUUGGGUCGCACGGCAGUCAAGGCCGACGAUGCUACGAGUGUCGCAGGUCGAAGCGCUGCGACGAUAUCGCCCAAAGGAAAAUCAAGGGCUUCGACGAGUCGUGCUGCGAGUGUCUCAACCGUCAUAACCGAGCUGGAUGAGGAAGAACUCGAUAUCGCCGAGACCGAGGUAAACGAUGCCGACAGUAUCAAGGACAGUAAGCGAGACGUGACGCCCGCUCGAGGUACCAAGAGGAAGCGCAAAACGGGUCGCAACGACGCGACAUCGACGCCAGUCAAGCGGACCACACGGAACAAGGUCCGCAAAGAUAUUCACUAUGAGAAGGGAGACAUCUGCGAAAUCUGCAUGCUUGGCAAGGACGCCGCCAAGAUCUUACUCUGUGACGAGUGUGAACGCGGUUUCCACAUUUACUGCCUCAAUCCACCGCUCUCGGCCAUUCCAGAUAUCGACGAGUGGUAUUGCCCGACCUGCCUCUUGAGCACCGGUCAUGACUACGGCUUCGAUGAGGGCGAGGAACACUCGUUGCAUUCUUUCCAAGAGCGAGCAAACGCUUUCAAGACGGAUUGGUUCGCGAAACACCCGCCGCAUUCCAGCACGAUUGCGGACGAGUUGCCACAGAACGCCAAUGGAAAUAUGCAUGCAGACAAGGUCGGAAGUCAUCACGUGACCGAAGAUGACAUCGAAAGGCAAUUCUGGUACCUGGUCGAAUCGCAAUACACCUCUGUCGAGGUAGAAUACGGCGCCGAUAUUCAUUCUACGACACACGGCAGUGCCGCUCCUACCUUGGAGACUCAUCCUUUCGAUUCUUACGCUGCGGACCCCUGGAACCUCAACAACUUGCCCAUUUUGCCUCAAUCCCUUUUGCGCUACAUCAAGUCGGACAUCUCGGGUAUGACCGUUCCCUGGACAUACAUCGGCAUGCUCUUUUCUACAUUCUGCUGGCACAACGAAGACCAUCACACCUACAGUAUCAACUACCAACACUUUGGCGAUACCAAGACGUGGUAUACCGUUCCAGGUUCGGCUGCCGAGAAAUUCGAAGAAGCCAUUCGCAAAGAAGCUCCAGAACUCUUCGAUCAACAGCCGUCCUUGCUGUAUCAGCUGGUUACCUUGCUCAACCCGGGAAGGCUCAAGGAGCUGGGCGUUGAUGUCAAUGUCUGCGACCAGAGGCCAAACGAGUUUGUCAUCACCUGGCCCAAAGCUUAUCAUUGUGGCUUCAACCACGGCUUCAACCUGAACGAGGCCGUGAAUUUCGCAUUACCGGACUGGUUGCCGUAUGGCGCCGCUUGCGUUCAGCGAUACCAGCUCUCCAGCAAGGCCCCAGUGUUUUCUCACGAAGAACUUCUCGUUGCUAUCAGCCAGUAUUCUGAUACGGUCGAGUCCGCGGUCUGGAUCGAAGAAGGGCUGUCCACCAUGAUCGUUCGCGAACUCGAGAAGCGUGAUCAGGUGCGACGUACCGAUGUGGGAAUCGGCGAGAUUCUUGACAGCGCGGACAAGGCGGAAGACCAGUACAUGUGCUUCAAGUGCAAAGCUUUCUGUUACCUCUCGCAGGUGAUUUGCUCCUGUACCCGGCAGGUGGCCUGCUUGGAUGAUGGCCAGGAGCUGUGUAAAUGCGAUUCGUCCAGCCGAACGCUGCGCAAGAGGUUCUCGGAGAGCCAACUGGUCGAUAUACAACGGGCAGUCUCGGAAAGGGCGUCCAUCCCUCAAACAUGGCGAACCCGGUUCGAGAGCACAUUGGCCGAAUCAGCACGACCCAGCGUCAAAGCUCUGCGAGCACUCGUCGCUGAGGGCGAAAAGAUAGCUCAUCCCAUGCCCGAAUUGUCUACUUUGCGGGGAUUCGUCGCCCAGAUCAACUCGUGGAUGGUCCGUGCGGGCACAUUGCUCAACCGAAAGAAGGCCAGCGGGAGAAAGCGCGUUCGCAAGACCCGUGGUGAUAGUGAUGAGGAUUACCUGAUGGACGUUGACGAGGACUCUCUCGGGGAGACUAACAAGAAACCCGCAGAGGAAGUCAUCAAGCAGCUUUUGGCGACUGCCGAGAAGAUGGCAUUCGACACGCCGGAAAUCGUCCAACUGCGCCAUCUGGUCCAAUCGAUCGGCGUGUUUCGGCGUCACGCAUCUGCUUUAUUGCGUACACCUGAGCAGGAUAUCGAUGUCAAAGCUUGCGAGAGGAUGUAUAUGAGCGGAGAAGCGCUCAACGUGGAUACGCCAGAGCUCCAUCAGCUCGACUUGAUCAUCCGACGCAAAGAAUGGCUCGACACGAUGAACAAUAUCGAUGAAGAAUUCCUUGCACUGUCUGAUGUCGAGAACUAUCUCGAGCAAGCCGAAGAUUGCGAGAUCCCUGGCGAUCACGAAUUCGUUCGGUAUCUCAAGGUCAAGCUUUCAAAGGGAACCGCAUGGCGACGCAGGGCCGAAAUCGUCAUUGCAGCUUGCAGCGAGCCUGAGAACAACGAACGCAACAUCACCCUGGACGAGUUGGUGGCAUUGACGAAAUACGACGAUGAUGUGCCAGUCAACGAAAAACUGGCUUCCAAGCUGGGCGACCUCUUGAGAAAGACUGAGGGAGUCAUUCAAUCUUGCAAGCUCAUCCUUAAUCCCGGGUCCGAGGAGGAGAGGAAAAGCAUGUCGCAUAUCCGGAAGAUGCUCAAGACGGCUGAUACCAAGGCACCCGGUGUGAUCAUACCAGAGCUAGAGAUGGUUGAGGCCAUUGUUACGCAACACGAUGAAUGGCUGAAGCGUGUGGGCAAACUCGUCGGCGAGACGAGACAACCGGGACUCGGUAUUGAAAAGCUGCUGCAGCAAACACGACAGCUGCUGGAUCCACUAGACGAUCACUAUCCUUCUGACCUCAACGGGAUCAUGGAGCAGGAUGGCGUGUCAGUUGCGGUGUCCCGCUUCAACUGCGUGUGCCGACAGCCCGCCAAAACCAGGAUGUACCAGUGCAGAAAGUGCCUGGAGCUCUAUCAUCUCGGCUGCAUUCCCUCGACGUAUGCCGAGGAGCCAAAUGGGCGCGUGAUCAAGUGCCCCUUCUGUCGAACAAAGGAUCAGACUGGCCAAAAACCUCAACCUCGACCGUCUUUGCUCAAGUUCAUGCCGUUGCUCGACAUGCAAGCGUGGAAGCUGAGUCACGAGUUCGAAGAGUUGACGCAGAUCCGGGACCUGGUCGCGCUGUGCAAGCACAUUGGCGAUCUCGUUCUCACCCACGUCAUCAACGACCCUACCCGUAGCGACAUCAAGACGGAGGAUACCCGGUUCCUCCGACACUGGUUGCGCAAGCUGCGAGAUCUGCCGAUCAACAUUGAAAUCGAGACGCAGCCCCAGAGCGUGUCCCUGUACCCUGCUCUUCUGAGCCGCUUGAAGCAAGUCAGGAGAGCGCGGGUUCAGGCCUUGAUCAAACCGGGCGGGGGCCUUGGCCCCGGCGGUGCCGUUCCCGACCCCAAUCGACGUCUAUCGGCCAGUGUGGCGGGUCCUUCCCAGCGUAGACCCAGCACGAACGCUCCCGCGGCUGAAAAGUCGUUGAAGAUCACAAAACGACCUACUGGCAAGGACGCGUUGGAAGUCGCUAGGAGACGUCAUCGAUGGCCUUGGAUGUUCUUUGAACGAUGGCCGAAACCUGAGGACGAACCCGCCUGUCUUUGCGGCGGUCCAGAUUUCAAACGUCCCUUCUCAUGGCAUAGUAUGGGCACCAUCAAGUGCUCCAUGUGCGAUGACUACUUCCACCACGACUGUGCUGCCGUCAAAUGGUGGCGACUCGAUGAUGGGUACAGCCGAAUUGAGGAUUGGAUGUGCCCUUUCUGCUCUGCCAACUUUAGCAGAUAUUAUGAUGCCGAAUAUCUCGUCUUCACUCAUGAUCUCAAGCUCAAGAAUGAGAAAAAGAUGGAUUUCGAGUACGAUAUCAAGAGCAGGAAGAAGGAUCCCUGGAAGAUGUGUAUCGACCCUCAACUAACGUUCGCUUACAAUGAGCUCACGACGAAGGUGAUUCAACCCCAUAACCGUGGAGGAUGGACCAACUUGGUGAUGGAAAGGUUCGAACCGGGGAUGCAUCCAGAAGAACGUCGACAUCCCGACUUCCACAAACAGGCAAGGGUCAUUGUGAAUGACAUCAAGAAGGAACUGACCGAUGCUUGGGAAGCCCGGGUCGGCCCGGGUCAUGACGAGCCCAAAGUACCGGUCAGGCCGAUCUACACCACUGAGUCGGGAGGAGACAUGAGUACUUCACAGAAGAAGAUCGUCUAUCCGCCUGAUGCCUCGACGGCGGCUUCACGACCUCGCUCAAAGGAGACGGGACCGCAUUUGACAACGAAACCGUAUCAGUCGUCAGUGGGGCUUCUGCCGACCAUGACCCCCGGGGGUUAUUACUCGUACGGAGCGUCCUACUAUUCCGCCGCCGAUAUGCACGGACAAGGCAUGCCACCGGGCGGAGGUUACCCUCAUGCUCAUCCUACUCUGACCGGCUAUGAUCCCGCUGCACCGAUGAUGUACAAUGCCGGAUGGGUCGCGCCUCCACCGCCCGUCGCUCCGCCACCUCUACCUACACCAGCCUUUGGGAGGCCCUCAGAGAUCCCCAAGCCCAACGUCCCGGCCGAGCCGGUCAAAGAACCACCUCUCUUGCCCCCGCCCCGUCCGCUCAACUCGUUCACCGCCAACAUGGUCAUUCCCGCUUUCAAGGGCGGUAACGGUGCGAAGAAGUUAACGGAUCGACCUUCGAACGAUACGAGCUAUGCUGCGUUCAAGAAUGCUAGUCCCGCUCUGAGCGCUUUUGGGCAGGCCAACUCUUCGAAGGGGACUCCGCCGGCGACGGUCAACCCUGCAGCGGGGUCGCCUUCGGAGAUGCGGUCGUGAUGUGACCUUUGUUGUUGUUUCCUUCCGGAUCCCCGAUCCCAUACCAAACGAUGUAACCUUCGGGCCCGUAUCUAAUCUCUAUAUACGAUGUACAAUUGACGAUAAGUAUGAUCCUGACGUUU